CUUCCCCUGGACCAUGCUGUCUGUAAGGGUAGUGGGUUUGGGAGGCCUGAGCAGUGCCCUUCUCUUCCUUGUGAGCUGAGGUCACAGCCCUGGCUGGUUCUGGGCUGUGUUGUGGCUAAGUGCACUGCAGCCCCUGGCAUGGUGGGAGGCGGGGCAGCAGCUAAGUGGUUUCUGAAAAAGGGCAAAAAUGAUGGGAAAAGCUCUGGGAUCCUCUGGGAAUCAGCCACGGCAACAGCAGCUGCUGCCAUUGCUGGAAACGUUUUCCUUGAGUGCCAGAGCGUACCCACAGCUCAUCCUGACCAGUGCAGAGCAACCGCGACCUGGGGAGGGGCCAAGGACCCUCACAGAGUCAGGGAGGCAGCUUUCCUCCCCACACCAUUCCAGCUUUCCCUUCAAUUAACAAUAGUCUCAGAGCUCCCUGGUACCUGCUGUGUCUGAGCUGUGCCUGCAUCUAGCCGGUGAGUCCUUUUUGUUGUUUGAUGGCCAGUGUCGAUGUUAGAUUUUAGAAUGGCAUAGUGAGCUGUCAGAAGCCAGGCUUUGCCUCUGUCCAGUUGUGUGAUUAUAAGCAGUUCAACUAGCCUCUUAGCACCUCAGUUACCCCAUCUGAACAUGGGAUAACCACAGUGACUGCCUCAAAGGUCGUGGGGGUGCAUAAGUGAUGUGUGGGGAUGCGUAUAGAGCAUUUACUGUGGCUAAUCAUAAACACUUGGCAGGUGAUAGGGGAGGUUGCCAUGGUCAAUGUGUAUUAUUUGUACCUGAGUCAUCCUGGACCCUCAUCCUGGAGCAAAGAGACCAUGGGUCCUGCAGAGGCCAGUGGUUUGUGGGUGGAGGUUUCAGCACAUUGCCCUCUCUGUACUAAGGGGGUGCUGGGCUGGGAGACAGGAGCUCUGGGUUCUUGUCCAGGCUCCAGUCACUCUGUUUCGGGUAGAUUUCCUCUGGCUCUUCAUUCAUAGGUUGGGUAGCCCCUCAGGUCUCUAUUCCUCUUUAGGAAAUACUCAGGUAGGCCAAGAAGGCAAGAGAGGUAUGGGCUAGGUCCUGGGCCAGCUCCUAAGAGCCUGCGGGGAGGCCAGAGACAGACAGAUACUUUGAGCAGAGAGGGAGCAGAAGAGCUGCACCUCAGUAUGUCUCGUCUGGAUUGGGGAGAAAAGGGAGGCUUCUCCUAGGUGGUGGCCAGUGUCCUCCUUGGCUCUGGAGUUGAGGAAGGCCCAGAGGCCAAGUUAAGUUUUUGCUGAGCAGGGUCAUUUUUUCCAAGACUAUCCUUUAGUCCAGACUGGUGUUUAUGAAUCUUGUAGAAAUCAGAACCACUGUCUCCAUCAAAUACCCUAAGACAUGGUUGGAAAUACCCCAUCACUGCAGAACAUUCAACUGUGACAGGUGCAUUGCCAUGGGACUCAUGUACUAGACACACCCAGGCCUGGCAGUGGCAGGCUUUCCUGUCUCUGUCUACCCCACAGCCCAAAACAAAUAGCUUCUUAGUCCCUGUCCUUCCCUCUGCUCUUGAAGAAGCUUGACUUCUGGUAGGGAAUCAGGUGUGGGGCAUGUGGAGCAGACUUGGGGUUUCUUGACCUACUGAAUGAUGUUACUGUGUAGGCUGCUUCAUGUUUCUUGGGUUUGAUUAGAUUUGGAUCAGUCAGAGGAAGAGGCAAAAAGGAACGUCGCAGAACGAUUUUGUGGACGCUCUUGCUAAUGGGUGCUCUUAUUGGAGUGUUAAGAGCUGUGAGUCAGGAAGUACGUUUAUUUUUGGUUUUGUGGCCAGGCCUAUCCAAGGGGAUAGCCCUGGGAGAGCCACGCCUGGCAUAUGGCCUGGAUCUUACUCAUACUUCAUUUUGGGCUUUGAGUUUCCUGGGAUACUUGUUUGAGCAGGAAGGUUCUACAGGUUGGGGCUUCUGAUGGGGAAGGGUGUUGUCCCUGCAUGAUUGGCCCCAGGGCUGGGGAACCCUGAUCUGAUCAGCCCCCCACUCUAGGAUGAGAUCUGGGGCUGAGUCUGAUGCCUGAGAAGAGCCUUGAGCCUUCAGAGAGGUGGUGGAGUGCUGGAGACGCUUGAGAGCCAGGCUGCUGCAUAUCAGCAGCCAGGGCUGCUCCCUCCUCUGCCUGUGUGGCUUCAGGGAACCACUGUGUGUGCAUCUCCUCAUCUGUCACACGCUUACUUCUCAGACAAGUGAAAAUGAAGCUGUCUCUUAGGCCACGAAGGAUCUGGCAAGGAUGAAGAAAUGGGGGAACUCAGAUUCAGGGAAGGCUGAGGACCCAUCCCAAGAGGACUCCUGCCCAGACCCCCUGGAUGGAGACCCUAAUUCCAGGUCAGCUCCAGCCAAGCCCCACUUCUUCCCCACGGCUAAGAGCCGCAGCCGGCUUUUUGGGAAGUGUGACUCAGAGGAGGCUUCACCUAUGGAUUGCUCUUAUGAAGAAGGCCAGCUAGCCUCUUGCCCAGCCAUCACAGUCAACCCCGUUGUCAUCAUCCAGAGGCACGAGGAUGGCCCCACAUGUGCCAGGCAGCCGUCCCAGGAUUCUGUCACUGCCAGAUCUGAGAAGAGCCUCAAGCUUUACGAUCGCAGGAAGAUCUUUGAAGCCGUUGCUCAGAAUAACUGUGAGGAGCUACAGAGCCUGCUGCUCUUCCUGCAGAGGAGCAAGAAGCACCUGAUGGACAGCGAGUUCAAAGACCCAGAGACAGGGAAGACCUGUCUGCUGAAAGCCAUGCUCAACCUGCACGAGGGACAGAAUGACACCAUCCCCUUGCUCUUGGAGAUUGCCCGGCAGACGGACAGCCUGAAGGAGUUGGUCAAUGCCAGCUACACAGACAGCUACUACAAGGGCCAGACGGCCCUGCACAUUGCCAUCGAGAGGCGGAACAUGGCACUAGUGACCCUCCUGGUGGAGAAUGGGGCAGAUGUCCAGGCUGCAGCCAACGGGGACUUCUUUAAGAAAACCAAAGGGCGGCCUGGCUUCUACUUUGGUGAGCUGCCCCUCUCUUUGGCUGCAUGCACCAACCAGCUGGGCAUCGUGAAGUUCCUGCUGCAGAACUCUUGGCAGCCAGCGGACAUCAGCGCGAAGGACUCCGUGGGCAACACAGUGCUGCAUGCGCUGGUAGAGGUGGCCGACAACACAGCAGACAACACCAAGUUUGUGACAAGCAUGUACAAUGAGAUUCUGAUCCUGGGGGCCAAGCUCCACCCAACACUGAAGCUGGAGGAGCUCACCAACAAGAAGGGGCUGACACCACUGGCUCUGGCUGCCAGGACUGGGAAAAUUGGGGUCUUGGCCUAUAUUCUCCAGAGGGAGAUCCAGGAGCCCGAGUGCAGGCAUCUGUCCAGGAAGUUCACGGAAUGGGCGUAUGGGCCCGUGCACUCCUCGCUCUACGACCUGUCCUGCAUUGACACUUGUGAGAAGAACUCAGUGCUGGAGGUGAUCGCCUACAGCAGCAGUGAGACCCCUAAUCGCCACGACAUGCUUUUGGUGGAACCGCUGAACCGACUCCUACAGGACAAAUGGGACAGAUUUGUCAAGCGCAUCUUCUACUUCAACUUCUUCGUCUACUGCUUGUAUAUGAUCAUCUUCACCACAGCAGCCUACUACAGGCCUGUGGAUGGCUUGCCUCCCUAUAAGCUGAAACACACCAUUGGGGACUAUUUCCGAGUCACUGGCGAGAUUCUUUCUGUAUCAGGGGGAGUCUACUUCUUUUUCCGAGGGAUUCAAUAUUUCCUGCAGAGGCGGCCAUCCCUGAAGACCUUGUUUGUGGACAGCUACAGUGAAAUGCUUUUUUUUGUGCAGUCACUGUUCAUGCUGGGGACCGUGGUGCUGUACUUCUGCCACCACAAGGAGUACGUGGCCUCCAUGGUGUUCUCCCUGGCCAUGGGCUGGACCAACAUGCUCUACUACACCCGUGGCUUCCAGCAGAUGGGCAUCUAUGCUGUUAUGAUUGAGAAGAUGAUCCUGAGAGACCUGUGUCGCUUCAUGUUUGUCUACCUUGUUUUCUUGUUCGGGUUUUCCACAGCGGUGGUGACGCUGAUUGAGGAUGGGAAGAAUAACUCUGUGCUAGCUGAGUCCACAUUGCACAGGUGGCGAGGGCCAGGCUGCCGGCCUCCUGACAGCUCCUACAACAGCCUUUACUCCACAUGUCUGGAGCUUUUCAAGUUUACCAUUGGUAUGGGUGAUCUGGAGUUCACAGAGAACUAUGACUUCAAGGCUGUCUUCAUCAUCUUGUUGCUGGCCUACGUGAUUCUCACCUAUAUUCUUCUGCUGAACAUGCUCAUUGCCCUCAUGGGUGAGACUGUCAACAAGAUUGCGCAGGAGAGCAAGAACAUCUGGAAGCUACAGAGAGCUAUCACCAUCCUGGACACGGAGAAGAGCUUCCUUAAAUGCAUGAGGAAGGCCUUCCGCUCAGGCAAGCUGUUGCAAGUGGGGUACACACCUGAUGGCAAGGAUGACUACAGGUGGUGUUUCAGGGUGGAUGAGGUCAACUGGACCACCUGGAACACCAAUGUAGGUAUCAUCAAUGAAGACCCGGGCAACUGUGAGGGCAUCAAGCGCACCCUGAGCUUCUCCCUGCGGUCAGGCAGAGUUUCAGGAAGAAACUGGAAGAACUUUGCCCUGGUUCCCCUUUUAAGAGAUGCAAGUACAAGAGAAAGGCCCUCUGCUCAACCAGAGGAAGUUCAUCUGAGACACUUUGCAGGGUCCCUCAAGCCAGAAGAUGCUGAGGUCUUCAAGGAUCCUGUUGCUUGAGGGGAAAAGUGAGGGACCCCUCUAGGGUACUCCUAACACUGUUGGGCCUCAGAAUAUCUCACUGUGGAGGGAACAACAGGGCCCUCUCAGCAGCCUGGCUUGGCCUGUGCCUGCCCAGGCACUUUCCUCCCCUGCUCUGCACAAGCUACGGGAAGCAUUGUUGGGUGCAUGGGGAGAGCUAGUCAUCCAGCCUUACUGUCCCCAAGGGAGUCUCCCACCAGGAAAUUAUUUUGCUCUCAUAUUUUUACUAACUUUGUUAGGUAUCAUGAAUGAUGAAUCUUGUGUGGACAUAUGUGAUGCCAUUGUUUUAUUUUAUAUAAAUAGGAGUGAAUGUAAAUGAGGCCCAGGAAAACACCUCUUGGAACAAAACAAAACAUGUCCUUUGAAGUAAACUGCUGCAGCUGUUCUCUGUGUUGUGUUUAAUACCUCCUCCGAAACAGAGUGGGCUGAGGGGGGUGUCAUUUAUAUCUCAGAGAAGGUGGGGGAAGGCUGGCCCUCUUUCCAGCUCUGCCAGAAUCAGGUUUCGCUAGAGUGACUUCCUCGUUCUAUGUGAUACAUCAUGGUCCCCCCAAACAGAACUCUUUUGCUGUCCAGAUGAAAGUACAGCACGUGUCUUAAAAGCAUGUGGCAAGAAUUUUUUCAUGGUCUUCCAUUUGUAACAACUGUAGUCCUACUCCCCCGCAGUGGUCCUACUUCCACCUCCAUGCAUCCUGUCACUCAUCACAUAAAUAAAUAAAUAAACAAAUAUCA